AUCUAAACAAAUCUUUCACACUCUUUACAUCACUAACAACAGUUGUGAAGACUCCAACACUAUCGGAAAAUAGAAAAUCGCAUUCGGGAGGCGAUUCAACUACAUCGUCGUCUGCAUUAUCUUCACAGACUUCACAACAAGAAGAGGCUGAGGACAAAGUUAAUUUGACAUUACUCUUAGUUUCAGGGAAAAGACAUACAUUUGUUUUUGAUCCCAACGAUACAAUAACAGUUGUUAAAAGUCGAGUUUUUAAUAAUUGGCCUAAAG